AUGAAUACAAUUAAAUGUGUUAUUGUUGGCGAUGGAACUGUUGGAAAAACUGCGCUUUUAAUUACAUAUACGAGUAAUAAAUUUCCUACAGACUAUAUACCAACUGUAUUCGAAAACUAUACAACAGCAAUAAUGAUGAAUGGUUCACCCUAUGCUCUUAACCUCUUUGAUACAGCUGGUCAACAAGCAUAUGAUCGUCUCAGACCACUAGCUUAUCCAGGAACAGAUAUCUUUAUUAUUUGCUUCUCAGUUAUUUCACAAGAUUCUCUAAGGAAUGUUCGUGAAGAGUGGGUCAAAGAAGUUUCUCAUUAUUGUCCCGGUACACCUUUUAUUCUAGUUGGCACAAAAAUUGACUUACGUAACGAUACAAAAACAAUAGAAGACCUUCAGAAGAAACAACAAAAGCCAGUUACCUUUGCUGAGGGUGAAACAUUCGCUAAGGAAGUGAAAGCCGCAAAAUAUUUAGAAUGCAGCGCACGUACACAAGAAGGACUGAAAAAUGUUUUCGACGAAAUUAUAGUUGUUUCACAGGGUAAAGUCAAACUUCCGAAAAAGUCACGCAAAUGUGAAAUACUCUAG